AUGGCCAGCACUGUCCCUCGCCAGCCCUUCGCCCCUCUCGAUGGGUCUCGGCUGCAGAACCUCACGAGCUUGAAGAACAGACAGAAUGCUUUCUCGUCGGGACCUUCCAAGAGAAAGGCGGAAUCAAUUGACAACGAUGAUUCGGAGAAUGUCGACCCCGUGAUCUUCUCCAAGAGGACAAAGGGCUCCGAUAGCUUCUUCUCCAACGACUACUUCAAACCAUCGUCGUUUGUCCUGACCAAGGCGCCGGCACCAUCGCUCCCCAAGCCCUCGCCAGUCCCAAGUUACCCCACCCUCAACAGGACAAAGCAUGCGGGUAUCUCCAAGCCACGCUCCAUCAUCAAGCCUCGGUCGCCUGUCUCCAAGAUCAACUCGGCGCACCCAGCUGCGGCUCCCCUAUCGGCUCCUGCCGGUCGCUCUCCGACCCGUAGCAGCAAGCGCGUCGGAAUUCUCUCCAAGAACCGACGCAAGACCGCCAGCCCUUUCACUCGGGUAGACCCUCCCACUUUCGGCCUGGGCGCCGGUGCUCCAUUUUCGCUCGAUGCCGCCCUCAAGGGCACCGUCUCCAGCUACGCUUCUCGGUCGGCAGCCGCAGCCGCCCCAUCUUCCUCCCUGCUCGGCGACCUGUAUGGGGCCGAGCUGGAUGGCUCAUGGAACUUUGAGAUCCACGAGGAUACUCCCGAGCAGGAGAUGACGAACCUGCUGCAGCACAGCACCUGCGUCCUGGACAUCAGCAGCGACGAGGAGAGCGAGCAGAAGCGUCGGCGUGAGACGGCCGAGGGCCGCGACAAGGAGAACAUCCCUCCCGUCGAUGAUAUCAGCCAAACCACCUCAUCUUCAGCCCGUAGGCGAGAUCUGGAUGGCGACGACAUGAUCUAUGAGAAGACUCGUGGCCCUCUGUCGGAGAUGAACGUAGCCGACUACUACGCCGCAGGAUGCCACAGUGGAUCCGUCAUCAUAGUCCCUGGAGAUUACGACGACGCCGAGACGGUGCAUGGCGGUGACGAGUACCAGGAGCCUGAAUCCAACGUCGCUGGCGAUGUUGCGCCCAAGGUCGCGCCCAAAAACAAGGGUCCAGAGACUGAGGCCUCAAUAGACGAGCUUAUGGGAAAGCGCAACGCCCCCGCCCCACAAGCUGCUCUGCUGCAGCCCAUUGAGGGCACCGGUGAGAGCUUUGAGCUGUGGGAGAGCAACAGCGCCAAGGAUGAGGCGGAACCCAUCGCACCGUCCACCCCAUCUGCACCAACGGAGGAGGCUGUGGCCCAGGCUGAAGCCUCGACCGAGGCCGAAGUCGCAGACCCUGUCCCUGCUUGCUGA